UUACAGGAUCGUCUCAUGGAAUAGAAGCAUUAAACAGAAAUGUCACCGUUGGUCCAUUCUAGCCUUUGGACUUCACCAUUCAAACAUUUGCAUUCUCAAAAGAAGCUAUUACUUCUCAAAUUAUCCACCACCACCACCACCACCACCACCGAACGGUAUGAUGAAUCGAAGCCUAGUCGGCCCUUACCCCCUCCGAUCCGAGUUUCGCUCACUGAGUCAGCCGGCCGAGGCGUGUUCGCGACCCGUAGAAUCGGUACUGGAGAACUCAUCCACACUGCCAAACCCAUAGUUUCUCAUCCUUCUCUCUCUUCCAUCCACGGUACCUGUUAUUUCUGCCUCAAAAGGCUUGGAAAUAAAACAAGUUCUUUAGCCGAGGGUGUCUCAUUUUGCAGCCAAGAAUGUAGAGAACAAUAUAAGGAUUAUUAUGAAGUUGAGAAGAUGGCAGAUUGGUCAUCCUACAAUGACUACUGCCGUGCUCAAGGUUUGAAAUAUCCACUUCUUGUCAAGCGGUUAGCUUGUAUGGUUAUAUCAGGAGUAGCCUCUGCUGAUGAUCUUGACAUACUUCAGCCUGCUAUUUUAUCUCCUGAGAUGACUUUUAUGAUUGAAAAGGAGUUUUGCUUGCUUAAGAGUGUCUUCAAUAAUGCACUUAUCACAGGCGAAAAGACAGCGUUUCUAACCGAGCAAUGGUACAAUGGUGUGCUUGCAAGAAUUCGCAUUAAUGCAUUCCGUAUUGAAUUGGUUGGAGGGAUGUAUGAAGAUCUUCUUUCAGCAGCGUCAGCAUCUGUAGAAGCUGAAGCUGCUGUUGGAAAUGCUGUUUAUAUGCUUCCGUCCUUCUACAACCAUGACUGUGAUCCAAAUGUACACAUUAUUUGGAUAGAAAAUGUGGAUGCGAGAUUGAAGGCUCUCCGUGACAUUGAAGCAGGUGAAGAGCUGCGAAUUUGCUAUAUCGAUGCAAGUAUGGAUCAUGGUGCUCGGCAAACUAUCCUGUCCGAAGGGUUUGGUUUUCAAUGCCGUUGUCCUAGGUGCUUAUCUGGUGAUUAAGGUGUUCCUUAUUUUUGUUUUUGUUUUUCCCCACUGGUGGGGCAAGAGUUGGGUUGGGGGGUUGGGUUAUCCUUUAUCAAGCAAAUGCAAACUAAAGUUGACAACUAAGCUGAAUAAAGUGGUGGGAAUUUGAUAUUCAAAUUUCUGAUUGUAUUUGUGAUUGCUCAAUUUGCAUUGGCUUCAAGUUUGCCGUGACACCAAUAUGUAGUGCUGGGCUUUCUUUAUUUAA